AUGAACGGUAUCGACGAUCUGAAGCUUUGGUUGGAAGAUAUCGGAUCGAAAAUUCCCGAUGACCAACUUUCUACUGGUAACGUGAACGUACUCAAUCAACAACACAACGACAUAAAGAAGAUGCAAGCUGAAUUGGCAGCUCGCCAGCAGAGCUUCGAUACCACAUACAAGCGUGGCCGCGCGCUGUUCGAUCAUGCACCACGUUCGGAAGCCAAGCAAAUUCAUGAAAUAAACGAAGGACUCAAAAAGCUUUGGAACUCGGUGGCUGAAAAAGUGAAUCAGAAACGUAUUGCUGUCGAGCAGGCUCUUCUCGAGAGCAGCGCAUUCGAUGAUGCUGUACUGGAACUCGAGUCGUGGAUUGAUGCUGAGCUGACGAAAAAUGCCACAGCUGAUGGACGAGUGCUUGGUGACAUUGACACAGUCAAAGUGCUCGCCGAAGAACAUCGAAAGAGGGAAUCAGAGCGAUUGUCAAAGCAACGAGCUCUUGAUACUAUUAUCACUAAGGCAGGGUUUCUUUCCACGAAGAACGUGGAUGAAAGCGGCAAUAUCACAACUGCUUGCGAUCGCGUGAAGAACAAAUGGUCCCAGUUGGAAGACGAGUCUCGAGCUCGUGCCGCUAACAUCGACAACGCCCUUGCUCGUGCAAGCGAUUUUGACAGAAAAGUUCACGAGAUCCUCGACUGGCUGGUGGAAAUCGAAGGAAAACUUGCGACUUCAAACGUUGAUCUGAGACAGGCACUGGCAAAAGUUGAAGACAUCAAGACGGAGCUGAGUAACGCUCGCGACAAUCGUGACGCGUGCCUCGACGCCGGAAAAGCCUUGCAGGCAAAAUGCCACCCGCGAGCUGAUCAACCGCUUAAACAUUGGCUGAGAGCCGUUGAAAAUCGAUGGAAGGAGGUGGAGGAGCGGGCAGCAGAGCGCGAAUCGAACCUUUUGAACCAGCAACAACAAGAAAAGGAACGCGAAGAGGCUCUCUUUGAACUGCUAGAAUUUGUUGCCCAUAAGCGGGAAGAACUAAAUCGAAUGCUUGCGCAGGCACUCCCACAGGAUCUCGAAGCGAUGCGUAAGGCGCAGCGCACCUACGAGGAGUUCGAUUUCGAACUACGUGAGAGGCAGGCAGAUGUCGACGGAGCGGUAAAACUCAACAAAAAGGGCAAGAGCAAUGCCGCUGCUGGAAAGCUUUCUGACGAAUGGAAACAGUUGUGGCUGGAUUCGAUCGGUCACCAGACAGCCUUAGAAGGCCAACGUCAACUACUGGAGGAAAUGCGUCGAUUAGAAGGAUGGCGAUGGGAGAUGUGGAAGGAGCAGUACGUGGACUGGAAUGAUCAUCGAAAGGCUCGUGUUUCCGAUUUAUUCCGUCGCUAUGAUCGCUCCCAUACGGGUAACAUCCCACGGGAUGUGUUUAUAGAUGCGGUUCUUGCUUCCAAAUUCCCUACAUCGCGUCUAGAAAUGAACAAGGUAGCGGAUCUUUUCGACAAAGGGGAUGGUCUGAUCAACUCGAAAGAGUUCAUUGAUGCGCUUCGUUUUGAUCGAAGUGUAAGUCUGUUUCCUUUAUUUCCAUUGCAGACCGUAAUUCGUGAGAAAGUAUAA